CGACAACGUGACUCAUUCUGAUCGACAAUCUUUUAAUUUUGUGACCAGUGAAAGACGCGGUUUUAGGAAAUACGAUGACACUGACUUCGGCUGCUGGAAUUCUUGCUUUAUUGGAUGAUCCGGAGCCAGAGCUGAAGGGAUUUGCACUUCAAAAUCUGAAUGCUGUUGUGCAUGACUUCUGGGCUGAAAUAGCAGAGUCAGUGUCUAAGCUAGAGGAGCUCUCUGAAGAUGAAGAAUUUCAACAUCGUGAACUGUCUGCAUUGGUAGUGUCCAAGGUGUACUACCAUCUCGGUGGUUUUGAUAUGUCAAGGGAUUAUGCUCUUGGAGCUGGCAGUCUAUUUGAUAUCUCAAGCAACUCAGAAUAUGUGGAGACAAUCGUUGCUCAGUGUAUUGAUGAGUAUACAAAGCUUCACAUCUAUCAGUCAGAGCAUCCAGCAGACGACUUUCAUAUUGACUAUCGUUUGGAGGCAAUUGUUCAUCGAAUGUUUGAGAGGUGUUUCAAAGAUCAACAAUACAAACAAGCUGUAGGGAUAGCUCUGGAAACACGACAUUUAGACGUCUUUGAAAGGGCCAUCAGAGAAUCUGAGGAUGUGGCCGCGAUGCUGGAUUACAGUUUCAAGGUGUGCCUUUUAAUGAUUCAGAGUCGAGAGUUUAGAAAUCAAGUUCUAGAAUGUCUGGUCAAUAUUUAUCUCAGCUUCAGAGAUCCCAAUUAUGUCAGCAUAUGUCAGUGUUACAUAUUCCUUGACAACACUUCAGCGGUGGCUGAACUUUUGCUCAAACUCAUCAGCGGCAGCAAGACUGAUCAUCUAGUUGCAUAUCAAAUAGCAUUUGAUAUGUAUGAAAGUGCUACACAGCAUUUCCUGUCUGAAGUUACUGCUGUUUUGCAAUCAUCUGUUCUUCUUCUUCAACCGGAUGCAACUUCUAGUUUGGAAGCUGCAGAUAACGAUGGACAGUUGACUAAGAAAGAUGAACAAUCUGAAGGAAUGGAAACAGAUGCAAAGCAGCCUGAAGAGCAGAAAUCAGAUGCUGGUACUGCUCAAACUUCAUCCAAUGAUCCACUAAAACAUCGUGUGGAGAGUCUGUUGACAAUCUUGGGUGGAGAGACAACCAUUAGUCUUCAUCAAGACUUCCUUAUUAGAAAGAACAAUGCAGACCUUGCCAUACUGAAAAACACAAAGGAGCAUGUAAGAAACUCUAUUUCUCACACAGCAACUGUAAUCAGCAAUGCUUACAUGCACUGUGGGACAACGGUUGAUACGUUUCUAAGAUCAAAUCUUGAUUGGUUUGCUAAGGCAAGCAAUUGGGCAAGGUUCACUGCUACGGCUAGUCUUGGAGUCAUACACAGGGGUCAUGAAAAGGAGUCACUCAACUUGAUGUCAACUUACUUGCCUAAAGAUAGUGGUGUUGGUGGUGUGUAUACUGAGGGUGGUGGACUCUUUGCCUUAGGUCUUAUUCACGUUAAUCAUGGUAGUGCCAUAACGGAGUACCUUAUCAAUCAGCUCAAGGAGACUACAUCAGAUGUUGUUCGUCAUGGUGGAUGUCUCGGACUUGGCUUAGCAGCUUUAGGAACAGCAAGAAAUGACGUAUAUGAACAGCUGAAAUUGAAUCUCUACCAAGAUGAUGCUGUUACUGGUGAGGCUGCUGGAUUGGCUAUGGGUUUGGUGAUGGUUGGAUCAAGUUCUCCUGAAGCUAUUGAUGAUAUGGUCAAGUAUUCAAAAGAGACUCAACACGAGAAGAUUUUGCGAGGUUUAGCAGUAGGUAUUGCACUGACAAUGUAUGGACGUCUAGAAGAAGCAGAUACUCUGAUUGAGGUUUUAUCAUCAGAUAAGGAUCCUUUGCUUCGACGGUCUGGAAUGUAUACAAUAGGAAUGGCAUAUUGUGGCAGUGGAAAUAAUAAAGCACUGAAACAACUCUUACAUGUAGCGGUUAGUGACGUGGACAAUGAUGUCAGACGGGCAGCCGUCACAUCAGUUGGCUUUAUUCUGUUCCGCACUCCCGAGCAGUGUCCAGGUGUUGUUUCACUAUUGGCUGAGAGCUACAAUCCACACGUGAGGUGUGGAGCUGCUCUAGCACUUGGAAUAGCAUGCGCUGGUACGGGUUUGCGAGACGCAGUGUCAAUACUUGAGCCAAUGACAAAUGAUCCUGUAAACUUUGUACGACAGGCUGUGUUCAUAGCUUCUGCAAUGGUUUUAAUGCAGCACACAGAAGCAAUGACAUCAAAGGUAAAGACAUUUCGUGAUUUGUACUCAAAGGCGAUUAGUGACAAACUUGAAGAUAUUAUGGCAAGAUUUGGGGCCAUUCUUGCACAAGGAAUCAUUGAUGCAGGUGGUCGGAAUGUGACAAUUUCUCUUCAGUCUCGAACUGGUCACACUCACAUGAUGUCUGUAGUUGGGACUCUUGUGUUUACUCAGUUCUGGUAUUGGUUUCCCAUGGCUCACUUUUUGUCGUUGGCGUUCACGCCGACUGCAAUCAUUGGUCUCAACUCUGAACUCAAGAUGCCCAAGCUGGACUUCUGUUCUAGUGCUAGGCCGUCAUUGUAUGCAUAUCCAGCACCAUUGCAGGCUCCAAAAGAGAAGGAACGAGAGAAGGUAGCUACAGCUGUUUUGUCUAUUACUGCUAAAGCAAGGGCUAAAGCAAAGAAGGCAGAGGAAGGAAAAUCUAAUGAAGCAAUGGAUACUGAUCAAGAUGCUGGUAAUAGCGAUGCAGUUGAAGAAGCCGUUGACAAAGUCGAAGAGAAAGAGAAAGACAAGGAAAUUGGAGAAGAGAAGGAGAAAGAACCAGAGCCUUUGUUUGAGAUGCUGGCAAAUCCAGCUCGUGUUAUUCCAGUUCAGUUAAGGGUUCUCUCGAUGCCUAGUGGUAGUCGAUACGAACCUCUCAAACUUGUCAAUGUCGGAGGUGUGAUCAUGCUAAGUGACAAAGAUGAAGAACAACCUCAAGAACUAGUUGAAUCUUUGCCAGAUCCGAUAUACACCGCAGUUGACGAUGAGGGUCCUGAACCGGAUCCUCCAGAGCCAUUUGAGUAUAUAGAAGAUUAGACAAUAGUUGAAAUGUGAAGUACAUUUUUUAACACUUUGAAAGGUUGCAUGCUGCUGUCUGUGCAGUUGGAAUGUAAUAGAUUAAUUAAAUAAUGGAUUUAUGUCCACAUACACGAACUUCUCAUUUGGAGCACUUAGUUGAGCAA